AUGCACCGGAUGCUUUUUGUGUGCGGGUUGUUCCUGCUGUCUGUCCAGGGGCUCCUCAUUAGGCAUGAUGGCUCUUUUCAACCGGAUCACAUACUGCGAGUAAACUCCAAGAACUAUAUGCAAGCAUGCUCACCCAGGUAUUCAGUCCUGGUGAACGGGUCUUUCCCUGGUCCAGAAAUACGUGUUCAGGAAGGGCAGACAAGUUGGAUCAGAGUUUACAACGACAUGGAGAAUCUGAAUGUUACUAUGCACUGGCAUGGUCUGACCGCAAUUACUGCACCUUUUUCCGAUGGUACCCCCAUGGCUAGCCAAUGGCCUAUCCCACCUGGUCACUUUUUCGACUAUGAGGUGAAAGUCGAGCCCGGUUAUGCUGGGACCUAUUUCUACCAUUCCCACGUUGGGUUUCAGGCUGUUACCGCUGCCGGUCCGCUUAUUGUCGAGUCAACUAAACCGCCACCGUAUUUCUAUGACGAAGAACGCAUAAUCGCCUUAUCCGAUUUCUUCUCAAAGACGGACAAGGAGAUUGAGCAUGGUCUCAUGUCAAGUCAAUUUCAGUGGAGCGGCGAGACAGAAGCCGUUCUAGUGAACGGUCAUAGCCUAUCACCUUCACCAAUGAAUGGUACCGGCUCCUGUAGACGGGAGGUUCUGCAGGUGGAGCCGGGCAAGACAUAUCGUCUGCGUAUCAUCGGAGCAACUGCUCUAUCAUUCAUUUCCUUUGUCAUCGAGAGCCAUGAUGUUGAGAUUAUCGAGGCAGAUGGACACUAUACACAGAAACUAAAAACCCACAAUCUACAAAUCGCUGGUGGGCAGCGCUAUAGCGUGCUCUUAAAAGCAAAGGAUAAUGCUGCCCUAGAACAACUCAGCCAGCGCCACUUUAUCAUCCAAAUUACUACCCUUGCAAGGCCCACGACUCUGACGACAUACGCUAUCCUUCAGUACCCAUCUAACGCUCCCGCAAGUUUGACAAAUGUGUCAGCUACACCACUGAUGCCGGUCCCUAGUAUAGCUUACGGGUGGCUGGACUACCAAUUACAGCCCCUUGAGCGAGAUCCAGAUUUCCUUACAUCAGAUAGUGUAACGCGUCGCAUUGUUAUAGAUGUUCAUCAGAACUUUAGUGACCACGUUCUCUGGUUACAGAGCGGGUAUGACUGGGUUGAGACGUUCCCAGAAACGCCAUAUCUUGUGCAAAUUCAAAGGGGUGAGCUUAACGUUACGGAAUCAUUGCAAAAGGCAAUAUCUGCGGGUAACAACUUCGAUAAGGAUUACCGUAUCUUUCCCGCUCAGCUGGGAGAGGUCCUUGAGAUUGUCUGGCAGAAUCGUGGUGCUGUUGGUAACAGUACCGUUCGGAACCGCGGCGUAGAGACUCACCCGUUUCACGGCCAUGGCAGACACUUUUAUGAUAUUGGCGGCGGCGACGGCGAGUACAAUGCUGCGGAAAAUGAGAAGCGCCUGCAGGAGACACAGCCUGUUCUGCGGGAUACAACAGUGCUAUAUGGGUAUAGCAGGGAGGUUGCCCCUGGUGCUCCAUCAGGAUGGAGAGCAUGGCGUAUCCGGGUGACAAAUCCAGGUGUCUGGAUGAUGCAUUGCCAUACUCUUCAGCAUAUGAUCAUGGGGAUGCAAACAGUCUUCGUAUUCGGAGAUCAGGAUGAUAUGAAGGAGAACAUGGGAACAUAUAAUUCAGGGUAUCUUACUUAUGGCGGGUCGGCGUAUGGAAAUGAGACAUUCUUUCCUGAAACAUUCUGUAUGAUCUUACACAAUGGAGUUCAAGAUGCCGUGAUAGUAUUCCAACGGCCUGAGGAAGAUGGCGACAACUUGGCUAUGUCCGAGGUGCUCGACGGACCUCUGCUGGAGAAAUAUAUCGAACUCAUCAAACAGCAGUAUGGCGUUCGAUUCUUCCGUAAAGCUCUAAGCGGCUUCUGGACCUUAUCGGCAAUUGCCUCGGGUGUCAAUGUCUUGCAAGUGCCAGGGUUAUCGAUGAAGAGCAUUAUGGAGGUGUUCUGUGUUGAUUAUCACCAUAAUUAG